GAAAGGAGGCGGAUUUCUCAGAGUCUCCGCCGAGGAGCGCUCCUGUUACUUCUGUUAUUGUUGGAUCAAUGAAGUGUUAUAAUAUCCAGUUAUAAUGUGAUUUACAUAUAUUUAAGUUCCACCAGUUUUGUUUAUUUUUCCCAUUGACGGCGCCGGCGACAUGGGAAAGGACCAGGAACUCCUCGAAGCGGCCCGAAACGGAAAUCUUCCCGUUGUCGAAAAAAUACUGGGACAAAGAGCAAAAAGGAGUGGCCCACUUGCCAGUUUGCGAAGAGGACCAGGUGCCAAUGUGCAAGACGGUAGCGGUUACUCGGCACUGCAUCACGCUGCACUCAACGGCCACCAGGAGAUAGUUGAGCUUCUACUAACGUACGAGGCUUCGCCUAAUAUCGUUGACGAUAAAGGAUGCUCACCCCUUCACCUAGCCGCGUGGACGGGCAACGUCAACAUAGUUCGUCUCCUUCUGUGCCACGGCCCGUCUGUGUUGAAUGUCAACUUAAUUAAUAAAGACAAAGAGACAGCUUUACAUUGUUCUGCUCAAUAUGGAAAUACUGGGGUUGUUAGUUUACUAUUAGAACAUGGCUGUGAUCCUACGAUUAGAAACAUUAGGCAUGAGAGCGCCCUCGACCUCGCCGCCCAGUAUGGAAGGCUGGAAACGGUGGAGACCCUGGUUAGGACUCAUCCGGAACUCGUCGCCGCUUACAACGUCAGGAACACCGGUGGUCUCCUUUCCAUACCGCAUACUCCCCUCCACCUAGCCAGCAGAAACGGGCACAAGGGUGUUGUGGAGGUACUGCUCAACUCCGGAUUGGCGGUGAACGUGAGGACGGCAUCAGGGACAGCGCUGCAUGAAGCUGCACUCUGCGGCAAACUCGAGGUAGUUAGGACUUUACUUGACCACGGCGCUGAUCUAUCGCUAAGGGACGCAAGGAGCAACACUGUCUACGACCUACUCCAGCAAUUCCCACCACACGUGGUACAAGAUAUAACUACUUUAAUAAAACGACACAGACAAGAUAACUGCAGCGACGGGGAUGAUUCUCUUCCACCGAUCCCCGUUCCCUCGUUAGGCAGCCCUUACGAGAACGUACGUCUUCCUAUGCGGCACAAUUCUCCUUCUUCCUCCCCAACUCAUUGGCACUCGGAUCAUAGGAGAAUAUCUCAGGCUUCCGCCAUAUCGCAAGAAUCCGAAGGGGCUUGCAGAAGCGUGGACAGCAGGCACUACCAAUGGAGUAACUCCUGCGGGUUGUCUAAAUCGAUGCUGGAGGGCAGCUUCAUGUCGGAGGACUCCUGCUGCAGUCACGGAAGGGACCCGGACCAAAUUUCGAUAUCAUCGACGUCUAGCAUAGGCGGCCCCUCUUCCAGACGCUCCACGGACCUCUACAUACCCAUGACGCCCAGCCCAGGAUCCAACAAUAAGGUUUCUCCGACGCCGCCGAAGAAGCCUCCUCGUAGAAAUCUGUCUGUCUCCCCGACUCACCCUACGCCGAGUUCGAUGGGCGCUUACGAGUACUUAUUUCUGGCCAGAAGCGGCGUCCGAAGCCACGGCGACCUAGACGACAUCAACGUCGGCAACAUCAAGCCCCACAGGGAGAUGUUGAGGAGGGGAAAGUCCGCGGACCAGUACGUCGAUAUGAAAUUGAGGUAUACGAUUAUGGGCGAGGAGUUCAACACGGAAGACGACCCCAAAUUCCAGCCGAUCGCUAUCACAUCCGUUUACGAAAACAUCCCCUUCCGGACGACCAACCCCAAAAGGAAGCUGAGGCGGCUGCAGAACGACAAGAGCUACGAGAACUACGACCCAGCCGUAAUCCUCUCGAGGGGCGACCUGCCGUUCAAGAAAGUCGAAACGACAUCCGUGUCGAACAUGGACCAGCUGCACAUCAUCGAGGCGAGCCCGGCCGGCUUCGUCCCCGCUUUCAAGCCCUCAUCGGAUUUCGUCCUUGAUAGGAGAAAGUUAAACGGCGACAACGAUGUGAAGAAGUCCUCCUGUCCUCUGAGCCCGACGAAUUAUCAACAGCCACCGACCCCAGAUCAUCCGCCACCUUCCGCAACCCAAGCCGAGCACAGCAUCCACGAAAGAAUUCGACCUCUAAGCCAGGAAUACUGCAAUCUGAUGAAGAGGAGGUCGAGGGACAUGGAGACAGAAACCGAGGAGGAGCUGCUGCUGCUCGUCUACCCUUCGCCCACAGGCGCUAACGUUCAGAUAUCUUCCAGUCCUCCCGAUUACGUCGAAGAGUUCGUCAGUGACUUCCCGUUCGCAGGUAGACCAACAGAAAGGGUAGAGAAGAGUAAUAAAAUCGUUGGUCGCAAUAGAACGCUGUUUGGCAUUGAAGGUGAACCGAUGAACUGGAACGCCGUCCCGCCGAUCUGCAGAAUUUAUUUGAUUUUACUAUAUUCGAACUUGCACGAAAGUUUUAAGCACACGUUCUUCAAAGGUCUCUUCAAGGGCUCUACUACAUCUGAGACGCGGGCGGAAAGGCCUAAAACUUUAAGAAAACUCCGGCACGUUUAUGAAAGCGGCGGCAUGGCAUCGGAAGAGCCACAGGAAGAGGCCAAAGGCUCUGAUAAAUGCGUCCUCAGCCCUUUUGACGAGCAGGAGGAAUGGGCGAAAAUCUCCGAGAUCAUGGCCUCCUUCGGGACUGGCCUCGUCAGAGAGUCCGUUUUCGUCUCAGAGCUUGAAAAGGAAUUCCAAGCGAGGCUCGGCCUUAAUUUAAGCGAAUCGUCAAACGUGGAUCCUCUAGCGACUACGAUCGGAAAAUGGUUGGCCUCCAUAAAUUUGCCACAGUACGAGACGACGUUCAUUAACUACGGCUACGACAAUUUGGAUUUCAUCAAUGGCGUUCUUGACGAAACAGAUCUAAAGGACAUGGGAGUGACUGAAGUCGACAGGAAGACGCUUUUGGAGGCGGCCAAGCAGCUUCAGAACAAAGUAGUUGAAGCUUACCCUCUACAAGUUAAUAACAACAACAACAAUACUAAUAACAACAACAACCAUGACACGAAGGAUGACGAGAACGCAGAUGGCGAGGAGAGUCUAAGUGUGGACGACUGGUUGGAGAAGCUCGACCUCGCAUGCUACUGGGACACGUUCAGAAAACACCUAUACACCGAAAUGGACAGAGUGAAAAGUGUCUGGGAGGUGGAACUGACAGCUGUCCUGGAAAUCAGCAAACCAGGCCACCGACACAGGAUCCUGGCCUCUCUCCCUAGAUCGUGCAACCAGCCCAGCAUACAAGACAUCAACGAGGAACUUGCUCAGCUGAAAAGUUCAAUGCAAGAGCUAGAAAGUCACGUGAAGGUGACGACCUGCACCGGAAUGACCCCGACGACGACGACGACUCCGACGGCGGCAAACACGCCCACCAGCGGAAGCGCCCAGGCAUCAGGAAACACGGGCACUCUCAGGCACAGCCACAAGAAGUCAAGGCCGGCCCCGCAGCCACCAGGAAAGCAGCCUGAGCUGCAGAUCAGAGAUCCUUCACAACUCCUGGUCGGCGUUCCUUCAACGCUCACUGCCCAAUGGAGGCACAGGCCUCACGCCCUUCUAUCCGGACACCUCACCUACUUGGCAAGGUAUUUGGGCUCGACGGUCGUGAAGGAAUUGAGGGGUACGGAAUCGACAAAGAAAUCUAUUCAAAAACUGAAGAAGCCCCAAUGCGAGCAGAAUUCUUCCCCGGACAUCUAUCUAGCCAUAUCGUACCGAGGCGUCAAAUUCCUCAGCACUGACACACAGGAGUUGGUUUGCGAACACGAGAUAAGGAACAUCCACUGCGCCUGCCAGGACGCCGAAGACUUGACGCACUUCGCUUACAUUACAAAAGACCACGCGUCUAAAUCUCACUAUUGCCACGUAUUCUGCGUGCAGACUAUGGACCAAGCGACGGAGGUGAUUUUGACCCUCGGCCAGGCGUUUGAGGUCGCCUAUCAAAUGGCCCUGAGGGAGUCGACCAACAACAGAGGCAACGGGCAUACCAGGUCCCAUUCCGCAAAUCUUGCUCCCAUAACUAGUCAACCGAACCACAACCGAUCUCAUUCGGUCAAUGAAAUCAAACUGAACGGUGAAAACCUCGCCAACGGACAUCCACCGUCGCCACCUCCUAUACUCACGAGCGAAGAUAUUUAAGCACUUUAGUUUUCUUUUUGUUUCUAAUUUUUUUAUUUAAUUUAUUUUCGCUCUUAAUAAGUACCAUUUUGAAAUUAUACCAAAUAACGUUGACUGUAUCUUUUAGUUUUAUUUUUUUAAGUCAUUUAGUAGUUUUAACGCUAAAUAGUAUCUAAUCUAUUAUAAAAAUAAAAAAAAAAAAACAAUGGGAGGUUUAAAAGAAGUAAAGAUCUCUACACUAUAAUAUAUAUAAAUACAAUUGUUCAUUAUUAGUAUUCGGAAAAAGUGGGAUCUGUGGACAUUGUGAUAGUAAAUAGAAACAUUGACAUAAUUAAUAUUAUUAUAUAGGGACACGUUUUAUUACCAUUUUUCAAUAUUAUACUAUUGACGUUUUUCAACAAAACAAAAACGGUAGGUUACCCAUUGUUACUCAGAAGGGGAAGGCGAUUUUGUUAUUUAGUCUUAUUUUCCUCUCGCAUUUAAAUAAAAGGGGGUCAAAAAACGAAAUUGGAUCAAACGAGAAUGACAUCCGCGUGGAGCGGUGUAGAUGUCAUUUGUGUUGAUAUCUAUUAAUGAAAACCAAAAACUAGUAAAAGGGGGGACUUUUUAAACAAAUAACUAGUUUUGUAUAAAGUGCAAGUUUUAAAAUAAAAUAACAACUAACUUACAUUUCAUUUGGUUACUUUAAAUGCAUUUAGAAUUUAACGAAAAAGGUUUAAAGGAAAUGUUGUCGCUAUGGAUAAUAUUUUUGAUUCAGCAUUUCGUUUAACCUAUUGGCUGGUGCUAUGCUCUAGUUGGACCUGGGCCUGCUUAAUAAUCAAAAACUACUCUCUUCUCCGCUUUUCCUCAACAUACUCCCACCUUCCUAAGGUCUUCCUCCAUCUCAGUUAUAUUAGCUACCUACAUGCAGCGACAACAGCUUUGGACUUUUAGGGAAUAUUCAAAUUACAGUAUAACAGACCGGGUUGAACAUCCUUCUGAUGACGUACUCUCUAAUACACCUCGAGUCAUAUCACUUGUUUUUGUCCACUCAGCUCUCGCUUCGUAACGACGGGUCAAAUAAUUGUUUUGAAUUCUUGCUUUAAUCUGCAUAUAAAUGCCGAGAUUAAAGCAAGAAUAGAAAACUAUUAUUGUUUUCAGAAACCAGUGCAUGCACUUAAAACAUCUGCAGAGUUAGAAGGUAUACUCUCUUAUCAUCAAUUUUUUCUCCGUGUUUACUUGAGUCCUUGCUGUUUUUAUAUAAUUCAUGCAGACUGACAUUCAAGCUAGCACAUGCUGCUGUAGUUUCAAACUUUUCUAGGGCCCAUGAUAGAGCUGGUAAAGUGCGCUGUUAUGACCAUGUAGUCAGCAUACGCCAUGCGCUGAUUCAACCUAUUAUAGAUUAGAACCAAGGUGCGUCCGGAUCUCUCUUAUUGCCUUUUUGUGGGCCAAAUUGAAUAGAAUGGUUGGUAAUGGAUUCGUAUCCCACCUGAUAGAAGAGAUUGCCAUCCUUUAAAUGUACCUCGUAUUUUUACCAGUCUCACUAGCUUUAACGGGACCUUUCUUACAAAUUUAGUAAAGAACAUUUUCCCUCUAAUUUUCUGGUUUAUUUUCUUGUGUCCAGAUAUUCAUUACCAAUUUGUAUACUUGAAUCACCACGUCAUGUAUGCUAUAUUUAAGUAACUCAUCUUGUAUUCCGUCAAUUCCUGGAUCUUCAGUGAUGCCAUCUGUCUAAACCUCCCCUCGGAUGUUUCCUUCGGUUCUUCCUAAAUUAAGCAACUGAAAGUGUCCCGCUGUUCAUUCCAUGCUAUUUGGCCAGUCACACAAGCUUUAACGGGACCCCUAACGACCUCUUCUCCAUCUCAUUAUUUACGGAAUCGUACUCUUGUCUAAAAUCUACCAACAGGCGAUAGUAGCUCACAUUGUGGACAAAGCUUUUUUCCAACUGUAGCUUAGUUAGCAUAUUAAGUGCAUCGUCCGGGUUCAUCGGCGGCCGCAACGGUUUAGGCGUUAACAGGGUGCUCAUCACUGUAAGGAAAGGUCCCGGGUUCGAAUUCAGCGGCCCUCCAUUCGAAUCUGACAUACUUACAAAUGGGCUUUCUUCAAAAACCGGCAUUCCUAGAGUUUAUAUAACCUCGUAGUUGAAAUACCCUCCUAAAACAAAAAUAAAUAAAAAGCCCAUCGUUCAUCUCCUCUAACCUGAAGCACUCUAGUAGUAAUCGUCUCUCAGCCCAUUGUCAGCCUCCGAUAGACCUAUUACGGAGAGUAUUUGAUAUACCACGAUAUACCAACAGCAGAAUUACAAACAACACCAUGAUAAUUUUCCCAUGUCUGUCACCUUUUUCAUAAAUUUGACAAAAACAGCUUUGCCGUUUCCUGCGACCAGAUAUCCAUUAUUAAUUCGUAUACGUAAGUCACCCUGGCUUUUCCCCCAUGCUCAAGUUAGUUAGCUUGGAUCCCGUUAAUUCCUGGAGCUGUACGAUCCUUCCGUAUGCCAUCAGUUUCUUACUCCUACUUCUUUUCCUCCUGAAUCUGCACCGGUCUAUCUCAGUCAGUUCCUUCCAACAUUAAUGUUCUGCUAUCUCAACCUACCUGUGACUUGAAACCACCCCCACCUUCACCUGAGAUUUGUAUUAUUCCAGGUCGUUUUCAACAGUCCCACAAGCUUUAACAGGAUGGACUCCUUACUUGAUCCAUUAUUGAUCUUCUUUAAUUGGAGCACCAUUAGAGUCCUACUGCUAGUCCACAAUCCUAUCUCAUCCCACUUUGUCAGCCUAGGAUUCACUUCCAUAGAAGCAAAGAACAGCUUUGUUCCAAGCCUCCGAUUUAAUGUUUUGAGUUCAGAUAUCCCUCCUUAGCAACUCAUUUCGUAUCCCGUCAAUUCUUCAUUAAAUCCUCCUGAUCGGGGUGUACUUCCUUAUCAUGAAUUUCCUCGUUUCUCUCCUGAACCUCCUUCGGAAAAUUUCCUUUGGUGUUUCUUAUACCAUGUCCACAACCGCCUAACUGCUUGGCAGAAGCUUAUGAUCAUCCUUGUAAAAGUAGCGCUUUUUAUACCUUAACAAAGCUUUCUUCCAGUCUUUUUUCUCAAACUACUAAAUAUUCUCGGACGUCCCUUCUUCCUUGAUUCUUGUCUUUCUUCUACAAUUUUCUCACCCUUUAUUUUACUUGGUUUCUGACUUGUAAAAUCUUUAGGAUCGUUCUGUAGAAAAGUCUACAAAAAAAUGUUAUAUUUCAAACAUUGCCAACAAUCUACUUCGUUGUGUAAUUCAUGUACUGAAUUUACACGGUUUUAGAGUUUACAUUAAAAAAAAAAAAGUAUUUCCAAUCCUGUUCGUUGAUUACAAAAUUAUUUCACUUCGUGGACAGAAUUUUGGACAUUUUCUUUUAACUCGAGUUAUAAAUUAAUUGUUUAUUCAUUUUAAACCACUGACAGGGUUAGACACAGGGUCAAUAUUUAGACAGGAAUUUUCAAUUUUUUUGUACGACAAAAACCAAAUCGCAUCUUAUUUAAUCGCAUUUAAAUAACUACUCUUCUAAUGUAUAGAAUCUCGAUUUAGGUACAUAUCCUUUAAAGAGUGCUCAUCUCACACUUAGGCCCAAUGAACGUAAAUACUCUUGUAUUGUUCAUCGUAAGUGUAAAAAACGGUAUAUCGAAAGAUACCGCCUUAUGCUAAUAUUGAAGUUGCUUCAAAUAAUGUUAAAACAAUUAUAACAAUUAGCUUAUGCUUUUUAAAAGCUGCAUGUUUUUUAAAGAAAAGAAAAAGCGUAGUGUUUCCAUUGUGGACAAAUUAGAUGUCGAUGUGUAAUUGUAGCCCUUAGUUUAGAUGGUUAUUUAUAUAAUAUUGUAUGGGCUAGAAUAUAAUCGUUAUACGUGGAAUACAUGCGUUGUCUGCCUAAAUACCCCCUCGAAUUUAUGAAAUGUGGGUCAGUAUUUGAACAAAAAGUUAGUUCCCUGAUUUAACAAUUAGAAAUAAUUUUUUGUUUUAGACCCUUUAAAAAAAACUAAUCGAACAUUUCCUGUAGGGGUUAAUCCAAAAAUCACAGCUGGCGAUUUUAAUGAUUGUCCGUUGCAUACGUCGCGCAUUUACAGUUAUUCUCAAAUAAACUAGUCACUAUAAGGGGAAAUAUUUAGAGACCAAUUUGGAGGAAGAUGUCAUAGGAAAUGUUUUGAGUGAGAGGAUUUAUAUACUAAUUUAGAGUGUUAUCGUUUGGUUUCCUGUAGGCGCAAUGUGAAAUGUUUUGACUUAGUGUGUCCUACAAUUGACGUAGAUAGAUGGCGUAGUAGGCAUACAAUACAUAACGUGACCAAGUGCAAUAGUUAUGUUAAGUAUUUUCAAUCAACACAAUUUCAUAAAAGAAAUAUGAUAAAAAAUACAAACAACUAAACAAUACACGACAGGCUUUGCCCGUGGCGACAGAAAUGAUUCUUUGAUCUAGAACUGGCAUGAUUUCUUCAUCAAUCAUGUAAAAUAUGAGAGUUUGAGCGCUUAAAGACUUAAUGAGAUGAUCCCAUGACUCCUGAAAUACCUAUUCUGGUUUUUCUUGUCAGGUAGGGUACAAGUGGGUCCACUUUGAACAUGCAAGCAUCCAGCAACAAAGCGAUCGGGAGAUCCGCUUUCUUAGUAGGCCCCAAUGUUGCUAGUCAAGGUGUUCCUAGGACCUAGACGUGGAAUCUUGUUUCCGGCAUUUGAACAUAGAAAUGUCGGUGAUUAUUGGAGUUAUGAUCAAGAUAGACCCAGGGAGUGUGGUCUGGUCAACGAAACCAGUGCGUUGUUGACCAUAAUGGUCAUGGUCAUCAUUAUCAUCAUGAUCUGAGAUUGGAUUGGAAUGCAGUACUGUUCGAAUGCGCCUUGAACAAAGGGAAAGAUGUAUUGCUUUUGCUUUCUUUGAACAAUCUCCACGCUUGAUGAACUUGAGCCAAAUAGUUCGGUAGAAUGGCAAAUUCGUUGGUGAAUUUGCACAUCCAGUGUACUACUCUAUAGCUACUAAUUUUUCAAAAAUCAUAGGAAUUUUGGAAAUUUUAUUAAUUGGCCCAUAAUUUUGAGCGUCGGAUCUUUUUAAAUUUUUAAAAAUAGGUGUAAUAAAAUUAUUUUUCCAUUUAGAUAGGAUACGUUAUUACUCACAACUUAAAAAAAAGGAAAUUACAUGAAAAAAGAGUACAAACGUCAGCUCAGAAAGUAACGGGACAACGAAUAUGACACGAAGGCGUCAUAAGAUUGCAAGUUUCCCUGUGUUUCCAUGACUCAAAGCUUGGAAAGAUAAUUUUGAACAAGCAAGUCUUCUUUUCUUCCUAUGACAUUUUCUUUUAGUUAUUAAAACUUCAAAUAAGGGACAACAGACUAAUUAGUAGUAAAAAUUAUUGAAAAGUAAUAUAAAUUUUACUGGCAGACGACUGGGGUAGAUAAGGGUCAAUAGCAUUCCUUUACGUGACUCAUAGAUUGGAAGGAUAUCUUCCUAAAAAUCGAGUCUUUUUAUUCAUCAAAAAUGGAAAGUGUCAGAGGGACGAAUAGUAAUGUUCUAACUCCUUCGCAAUAUCGUAGGAUCUGUAAAAAGCAAGUCUUCUUUUGUCAUUCAGUUAUUCGAUUGUCACCCGAUGUCACCCACCCGGGGAGUUGUGGUACUACGGCGACGACGGGUGGUAUAGUGUGGGUAAGACUCGAGACCCCGAAACGAUCCACCUCGAGUCCUCAUCCACGACCCUUUCUCAAUCCAGGUUCCUUCAUUCUAUCCUGUUACCCCCUCCCAACCCUUGGUUACAAGGGUGGUGUCCGGGCGCAAAAUAAAGGUGUAACCCAGAGAGCCUGGCAACCUCUCUAAACACAAGCUGUACUCGGGUCGGCAUGAGCGGCUGGUGCCUUAUCACAGGCAGACGAGGGUUAGGGUACCAGAUUCUGCACAGACGGGGGAGGGUGCAUAACCAUCUGAACUACCGGGUAACAGAA